AAAUCCCCUCUACACAUUUUACGGAAUACAACAAUCUGGUGAGCACGUACAGUUAAAAAGUGCUCACUUCUGUAUUAAGCAUCUGAUAUAUUUAACAACAAAAGGACAUUUAUAUGUAAGAGAUAUAUAAGGACUUGGACUUAGACCUAAAGUCGGAGAUACAUUUUCUGAUACUCCCACCCUCUGAAACUACGUACGUUACUCUUUCUCGGCAACCCUGUACACUUAUUCGUACAACGGUUUCAGUAAAACCUCUUUCUCUCUUUAAAUCCAACGCGUGCUAAUACUCGACAGUUAACGAGCGAUACUGACGCGGGACAGGAGGCCGCACUUGGACGACUUACAGCCUGUCCUUUUAUUAAUUGUUGUGAUUUUUUAAAAAGUUUACGGUUUUUUUUUAUUUUAUAUAUAUCUGUUUUGGUUUUGUUUGUUACAAAUCAAGAGCCAUGAGACUUACCGCCAUAUUUGUAUUUAUCUCCACGAUGUUAGCAACCGCAAUGGCGAUACCUUAUGACUACAAUUCAUUUUUCUCGGAUUUCGGUCCGUACUAUCGUGCCGUAUCCCCAAUGAGAGAUCCAAGAUCUAAUACAGGACCUGUUGUAUUUCCACCAGGCCCGCCGUCAGAGCGCAUAGAAUCAAGCGGCGUAAUAGUCGGAGCCAGUGGCUUUGGAUUCGUGCCACCAAACUCAGGUUUCUGGGCAUAUUACUUCUAAGAAAAGACUUCAGAGCGCACAAUCAUCGAAGGUGAACUUACAAUAACUCUAAAAAAAGUACAGUCGACUACCCGUUAUAAGCCUGGUCUGGGAUUUAGGGAAACUUUCUUCAGAAAUUUUUCCUAUUCCUACUUUGAAAUUUCACCGCAGGCCUAUAAGAGGCUGCCUGAAAAUUUCAAAAGAACGACCAAGGGGAAGUUGGUUUCGACUCAGUAACCGCCGAUUUAGGGAAAGAGGCUCAGGCCAGGCUUAUAACGGGUAGUCGACUGUACAUAUUUUCCAUUGAAAUAAAUGAAAUGAAUAAUUCUGCUUCGUCAUCUUGGAUACUACUUUACAGAUAUUAAGUAACGCGUUUUAUCUCAGACGACGAGACACUGGUGUUUUCUUAUAAUAAUAAAUAUUAUGGAUUAUGAUAAAUCAAUUAAACCACAGCCACGGCAUUUUCAUUGCCUAUUAAAACAGUCAUGUGAUUAUUAAGCUAUCCCAUUAAAUAUGAUCCUUAGGAUACUUUAAUGACGCAAUGGACAGUUUUAUUCAAUAAUGAUUUAAAGAGCUGUAUCACAAUAUAUGUAUAUGUAUUGUAUAUAUACAUAUAGAUUGAGUGACGGGAAAUUGUGCUAAAGUUAAUACAAGAAAUGUAUGACCUUCGAUGCUAUGAAGAGAAAUCAGUCCUGGUUAUGUUAAAUGUUCCAAUCAAUUUAUUCACUUGGAACUUUUAUCAUACCAUUAAAUUCAAUAAAUAUAUGUAUAUAUUUAUAUUUAUAUAUGUUUAUUUAUUUUUUUUGCUGACAGAUAAUACGAUUAAGUAAUGAUCUAAUCUCAUUAUCAUUGUCAGAGUCCAGACAUAAACUCUGUAAAGAGAUUAUGUUUUUUUUUUUAAUUAUUAAUAAAUAUAUGAGUAUAUUCAUUGUCAAUAUUCUGCAUGAGUCAGCGAAAUUAGGGAGUACGAGUCAAUGAACUGGGUGUUAAAAAAUUGAAUUAAAAAAAAAGACGAUGGAUUUAUUUAUUAUAUAUUUUAUAGUUUAAUUAUAGACAGUAAUUAUUUAUUUUUUAUUACAAAAUUUAUUAUAGAAAAUAUUUUAUUAUUUUUGUAAUUUUUAAAAAUUUUGAAUUUAGCGAUAUUGUGACACUAAUAUAUUUGUAAAAAAAAUACUUACAUAAGAAAAAAAAUAAAGAUGAAAAUAUUUUCGA